CGCCCCUCCACGUCCCCGCCCGCCGCGCGCGUAGCUCCGUGCGCCCUGCAGCUCUCGCCAUGGCCGAACUCACUCGGGAUCCGCAGUUCCAGGCGCUGCUCCAGUGGCACCGCGAGCAUGCCGCGGAGCUCACCUUGCGUUCCCUUUUCGCGAAGGACCCCGAGCGGUUCAGCAGGUUCAGCUUGGACCUCAACACCAACAAUGGGCACAUCCUGGUGGAUUAUUCCAAGAAUCUGGUGACGCAGGAGGUGAUGCAGAUGCUGAUGGGCCUGGCCAAGUCCAGGGGUGUGGAGGCCGCCCGGGAUCGCAUGUUCAAUGGCGAGAAGAUCAACUUCACGGAGGAUCGCGCUGUGCUACACGUGGCUCUGCGCAACCGCGCCAACCGCCCCAUCAUGGUGGACAACAAGGACGUGAUGCCGGAAGUUAACCGGGUCUUGGAGAAGAUGAAGUCCUUCUGCCAGCGCGUCCGGAGCGGAGAGUGGAAGGGCUACUCGGGCAAGGCCAUCACCGACGUCAUCAACAUUGGCAUCGGUGGCUCUGACCUGGGACCCCUCAUGGUGACUGAAGCACUGAAGCCUUACUCUGCAGGGGGCCCCCGAGUCUGGUUUGUCUCCAACAUUGAUGGGACCCACAUUUCCAAAACCCUGAGUGCCCUGAACCCUGAUACCUCCCUGUUCAUCAUUGCAUCCAAGACCUUCACCACCCAGGAGACCAUCACCAAUGCGGAGACGGCCAAGGAGUGGUUCCUCCUGUCAGCCAAGAAUCCUGCUGCUGUUGCGAAGCACUUUGUUGCCCUGUCCACCAACACGACCAAAGUGAAGGAGUUUGGAAUUGACCCCCAAAACAUGUUCGAGUUCUGGGAUUGGGUAGGAGGCCGCUACUCGCUGUGGUCGGCCAUCGGACUCUCCAUCGCCUUGCACGUGGGGUUUGACAACUUUGAACAGCUGCUCUCGGGGGCCCACUGGAUGGACAAUCAUUUCUGCACGGCGCCCCUCGAGAAGAACGCCCCUGUGCUGCUGGCUCUCCUGGGCAUCUGGUACAUCAACUGCUUCGGCUGUGAGACGCAGGCCCUGCUGCCCUAUGACCAGUACAUGCACCGCUUCGCCGCCUACUUCCAGCAGGGUGACAUGGAGUCCAAUGGGAAGUACAUCACCAAAUCCGGGGCCCGCGUGAACUACCAGACAGGCCCCAUUGUGUGGGGCGAGCCAGGGACCAAUGGCCAGCAUGCCUUCUACCAGCUCAUCCACCAAGGCACCAAGAUUAUCCCGUGUGACUUCCUCAUCCCCGUGCAGACCCAGCACCCCAUCCGGAAAGGCCUGCAUCACAAGAUCCUCCUGGCCAACUUCUUGGCCCAGACCGAGGCCCUGAUGAAGGGGAAGUCCGUAGAGGAGGCCCGGAAGGAGCUGCAGGACGCGGGGAAGAGCAGCAAGGAGGUGGACAAGAUCCUGCCCCACAAGGUCUUUGAAGGAAACCGUCCAUCCAACUCCAUUGUCUUCACCAAGCUCACCCCGUUCAUUCUUGGAGCCUUGAUUGCCAUGUAUGAGCACAAGAUCUUCGUUCAGGGUGUCAUCUGGGACAUCAACAGCUAUGACCAGUGGGGAGUGGAGCUGGGAAAGCAGCUGGCAAAGAAGAUCGAGCCUGAAUUAGAGGGCAGCGCGCCGGUGACCACGCACGAUUCUUCCACCAAUGGGCUCAUCAGCUUCAUCAAGCAGCAGCGGGAGGCUCAGAGCUAAUAAAGCCACGCUCAGAGGCCACCCUUGUUGUCGCUGGUCCUUGUCCCUCCUCACCAGAGGCCGCGCUGCAUGGUCCUGCCCAGAGCACCGUCUGGCGGUCAGCUUGGGCCGCAAAGCCCCUUGGCGGGGGAGGCCGGUCUGGAAUGGCCCCCCUCCUCCCUGCUCUGUGUUCGUGCUCCCGCUGUUUUACGAUCCACUGGAGGGUUUUAGUACAACUGACCUUUUCUGGCCCUGUGUCCGCACUGUUCUUGUACCAGCUAGAAAAAAAAAAAAUAAAGAUGCCUCAGGCCAUGUGA